AUAGAGUAUGCGAGCGUCAUCGAACAUUUACGAUAUCAUCGUUAACCGUGCAUCGAUUCAUUAUUGCCGCGGUUACGGUAUCGUCGAAAGCCCUGUGCGAUUCAUAUUGCACAAACUCGCAUUAUGCUCGGGUGGGUGGGAUACCGACUCAAGAGCUGAAUACGCUAGAGUUGGAGUUUUUGAAUUUGAUUGGUUGGCGGUUGAUCUGUUCGGCUGAGAUGUUACAGCAGUACUAUGUCAAUUUGGUUACGCAGACGCCUCAGUAUCGUAUGGUCAGUACAAGCGAGCAGCAACGACUGCGACAGCAACUAGAACAAGUGCACGAAUCGCC